AUGAAUGCGAAGUGGGCAGAUGAACGACGUAAACGAUUAGAGGAAGCGGACAAAAAGAUGCUGCAGAUGUACGAGGUGAUGAAGGCGAUGAUUUCUGAAUCGAACGUUGCCAUUCAGAAAGAAUUCGACCAACGACAUCAGGUUGAGCAAACAUUCAGCGAUAAUCAACUGGCCUAUAUAAAGUCCGGUAAAGAUGAACUGACAAGGUUGCACGAUGCGGUCGGAGGGGCUUCGAUAGAAUACAGCGAAAUUGAAAACCNCUUCAAAUCGACAGAGCAGUCUCUAAGGGCGGACAUCGUCAACAAAAAAGAGCACUUGAUCGCACAGCAUGAUUCGAUGAAGUCACAUGUCGAACAGUGCAGCACUCUGAUUAUCGACUCAACAAAUUCACAGUCUGAAGCAAUGAACAGGCGAGUUAACGAUCUGGUCGACAUACUCAAGGAUGUUAACACCACAGUUAUGGACACGGCAAACUCGAUGGUGCUUCGAUUCACUUUCUUCUAUCAUAAUUUCUUAUGCUUCUUAAGAGCUUCUUAUAGAUUUUUUCAUUGCUAUUAUUUUGACCUGAACCAGUCUCCAAAGCUUCAAUGGUGA